AAAAAACAUUUCAAUAUAGUUUUUGAUGCUAGACUAAAAAGUUAAAAUGUUCAAAGAUGUGAAAAUUUGAUGGGAGAGGGGGAGAGAAAUAAAAUGCGGGAUUACAUAAACCUAAAGGGAACACAUCAGAAGAAAUAAAUUGAGUUCCAUAAACGAAUUUCAGACGAGUGUUAUUACAGAGAUCUCUGUCCGACUUUACCGUAAUCGCCUAUUGACUGCGGUGUGAAAGCAUUGAAGCCGAGCACGGAAAAUCGACGCAGGUGGUUGAAAACACUUCAAUCCGAGUCAGCUCAGCCCAAAUUUCAGCCUAUAUAAGCAGAGCGAGCGAGCAGUUCCUAAUCCAGGUUUUGGGCUCUCCUCUUCUCCAAUCCCUCCCUUCUGUCGGUGCUGUGUAAUUCGUUCAUGAUUCUUCUCUUUCAUUCCUAUAUCUCUUUGAAUAUUUCAUGAUGAUUUACAAUUGGUGAGUUUUAAGGGUGGGUUGAAUUUGAUUUUUCAUAAUAACUGAAUUAUCUUUCUGUUGCUAUUUCGUGCUUAUUGUUUAUGGUUCUAUCCAACACCCAUGAACAAUCUAUAGAUCGAGUGAGCAUUAUCGUUUGUGCAAGAACUCCCGUCCUGGAGAAAACUUCAUUCCAAGCAUGCUAGUGGUUAGGAUUAUCAUUGGUGCUGGUGGUUAGGACUGUGCACCGGGCUAAAACUGGAGCAGAGCGGGCCAAAUCGGAACCAGAAUUAGCUAAAUUUGAAAACCCUCAAUGGACAGAUUACAUGGAUGCCGUUUACACCUGAGAUGCUAGCAGAGUAGCCCCCAGCUGGACGAGAGCAUACUCACAUAUCGCGAGCACGUGUGCCGUUGAUAUGUUUUGAUAUUGUUGAGCUUCAUUUGCACGAUAGAGUCUUGCGACAGUUUGGGUUUGAGCAGGUCGCUCCACGGCCUAUCGACACUUAUGUUGAGCUGCAUAGGCUGGAUAGGCGUGGGAAGCAUACAGAGGAUUGGGCACUCAGACAUGUCAGAUAUGUGACUAUGUGGGAAAGGAGAGCUGAGCUAGUUGUUGCUGGGACACCGACAUAUGUGCCAUCUGUUUCAGGAGACUACAUGGGAUGGUAUUAUAGCAUCACUCGUUUGUUUGUGUCUUCUUCGUUCAGACUCCCUACUCAUCAUUAUCAACCUAGCUCCUUGGCUUUGCAUCUUACGACACGAGCUUUGCAGCGCAUAAUUCAGCGGGCUACUGCCACAGUGACUGAUAGUCAUGAUGUGGACAUGUAUGGACAGGCUCUGACAGGCAUUGCGUCCUUGUGUUCAGAUGUGUUGGGGCGAGUCGACUACGGCC